AGUUAGAGAAUUUCCCAGUCCGUCCGUGUCCCGAGGAAAGAGGAGAGAGACCGAAACAAAGUCCGAAAAACAAACGACAAACGAAUAAAAACCAACCGAAACAGAAGAAGACAAGAUGGUGGCCAAGCAGAGGAUCCGUAUGGCAAACGAGAAACACAGCAAGAACAUCACUCAGCGAGGAAAUGUGACCAGGUCAACGAGGAAUAUGGGCGAGGACAAAGGUGUGGGUCCCUGGCUGCUCGCUCUCUUCAUCUUCGUCGUCUGUGGAUCAGCUAUUUUCCAGAUCAUCCAGAGCAUCAGGAUGGGCAUGUAGAGUGAUGUUACCAGCAGAGGGCGCGACCACAACAGUGAGCAGCUGAAGAUGAUGAUGAAGGAGCUGCCAACAGCAGCAUCAUCAGACUGUUGCGUUCCCACCCCCAGACUGAACCCACCAAAACAUUCCUGAACUCUGACCGCCGCUUGCAGUCAUUCCUGCACAGGAACAUCCAAUCCCUGAAAUCUAGCCCUGUGCCCGCCCACCCCCUAACCAAGCCCCGCCCCCCUGAAAACCUGCUUUUAUUCCAUUAUCUGUGUUGAUUUAACGUGUUGCUGACCUUCUCACAGUGUUUCUCCUGCCUGUAAACAACCCAUACAUGUGCCUUUCUCUGUUUACCCUUAACCCUGCCCCCCACGCUUACACCUUAUCAGUACAACACAAGGGGGUGGGGGUGGGGUGAUCACAGUCCAAUAUAUUCCUAUAAACUGUACCAGUGUUUAUCCUAGACCAAAACAAAAGAAUCUUUACGUUUUCUACUUGUAUGAGGAGCCUGUCCUCCUCCUCCUCCUCCUCAGUGGACAUGAGAUGAAAUGAGAUGAAGGUCUUUUGAAUCAGAAGGUAUGGAGGUGUGUCUGCACUGUGUGCAGCUUCACCUGAACAAUCAUGUUCACAGAAUAAAGUUUCAUUUUGAACAUUG